CUAACCCGCAAGGCCCAUCUACAGAGCACCAUUAAAAGCAAGAGGCAACAUGCAAACCCUAAUUUUACAAGUAAAACCUAGAAGACGCAGCCACCUCCUCUUCCUCAUCCUCUCCACCCUUUAAUUCUCUAUUUUUCCAGGACUAAAAUAAUGUCAGGUGAGGAUGGUGCCGUCGCCGUUGAGACUCCGGCUCAGCCUCUCGGCGAGGCCAUGGACUUGAUGACUGCAUUGCAGCUAGUCCUAAGAAAAUCUUUGGCUCAUGGUGGGCUUGUUCGAGGUCUUCAUGAAGGUGCGAAAGUGAUCGAGAAGCAUGCUGCCCAGCUCUGUGUAUUGGCCGAGGACUGCAACCAGCCUGACUAUAUCAAGCUCGUUAAAGGGCUUUGUGCUGACCAUGGGGUUGGCCUCUUAACAGUUCCCAGUGCUAAGACUCUUGGCGAGUGGGUUGGAUUGUGCAAGAUUGAUUCUGAGGGCAAGGCUAGGAAGGUAGUUGGUUGUUCUUGCGCUGUAGUUCAGGAUUAUGGCGAGGAGAGUGAAGGUCUUAAUGUUGUCCAGCAACAUGUCAAGUCUCACUGAAUAGCAGUGGAUUUGUUCUAUUGGGCUGAGUUAAAAAUUUAUAUGUAGAGACGUUUUAUUGUUUCAUAUACCCUCGUCUUUUGGGGUUUUGGGUGUUUGCUAGCUGCAGUUACUAGCAACUGAGUUGUUUCUUACUAUUGUGGUGGAACUUUUAUUAAUGUGACUUGCUGAAUUAGCACCAUUUUGGGUUUGAAAUUAAAGCUUAUGGUUGACUGUUUA